UCCGAGGUGUGCGUUCAGUCGGGCAGGUUACAGCUUGAGCGUUGCGGAGGGUUACCACACUACUUUGUGUUUGAGUUCCGUUAAGCUUUUGUGGUAACUUCAACUUGUAAUGGUACUCAGAAUCUUUGUUUUGUGAGUGAUUAUUCCAAAUUGACAUUGUUAUUCUUGGACUACGCAACGGCUCCGUAGGCCGCGACUGCAUUUCCAUAGUGCGGCUGUUCUGAAAUUCUGUUGGAUUUUAUUUGGCACCACUGCAACAGCUGCUUUCCACCGGAACUGCAUCCGAGCCACCAUGCGGGAGCGGACGGUGGUCGUAUCGGCUUCCUUUGCCCUGUCUAUUGCCGUUGUGUGCCAAUUGUCCAGAGUAGUCAGUGCUCAAUCCACUAACAAUAAUGUAUCCGCCAUCGCCGUAUCCCUUCCCGCCCCCACGCCCACCCUACCCGACACACAGAACCGCACGGAUGAGCCCCUAGACGAGAUGAACAGCAUUGGCAAACUGCCCUUUCUCAACUGCACCGGCCUGAUCGCGUUCGAACGGACACUGGACAGCGCUGUGUCACCGGCCAUGAUCUUAAACGAAGCCAAUCGCACCCAGACGACACUGGCCGGCGGACUGAGUAAUCGCUCCACAGAGUUGACCUUUCCCUGUAAUCGGCAGUGCAGCAAUGCUGAGCACUGCGUGGCCUACAUCACUGACUACAACAAGGCCAAGUGUCUGCUGCUGUAUCAGCGGCCCAAACAGUCCAGGGCGGAACUGACGGCCUUGGCGGGAUUUGCCUAUUAUGAGAAGAUUUGUCUCAAUGCACCCGGAUUACAAUGCAAGAAGGAGUGGGCGUUCGAGCGUGUGGUGGGCAUGGAGCUGGUCAACAAUGACGACCUGGUGCUGCACAGUGUGGCCAAUCGGAUGGACUGUAUGAGUGCCUGCCUGCAGGAGCAGUCGUUUGUGUGUCGCUCAGCGGAGUACCACUAUCAGACAUCCGAAUGCCGGCUCAGUCGGCAUAGUCGCCGCACCCUACCGCAGGCCUUCCACCCCGCCCAGGAUCAGGUGGACUACCUGGAGAAUCAGUGUGCACCCGAGCCAAAUCUGUGUGAAUUCCGAGCUGUCGAAGAGAAUUUGUUUUCGGUGGAAACGGAACUGGAUAAUACGACCAGUAUCAAAGAAUGCGAAACAUAUUGCCACCAAGAAGAGAAUUUUGUCUGCCGAGCAUACCGAUAUGAUGAGGACACUAAGACCUGCGUGCUGAGUGCAGAUGAUCGUAUUAGCCUGAUCAAUGCAAACAACGAUCUACAGCAAACCCGUUCGGCGCAGGAUAAAAGUCUGACAGGUUUCAUGGAACGUGGGGAUUGUGUUGAUGUCAGCAUGAGCUGCGGUCCCAACUCCAUGACGGCCAUUCUCAAGCUCAAUCGGCCAUUCAACGGUCGAUUUUAUCCGGCGGAUAAACCAAAUCUGUGUGUCGUGGUCGGGAACAAUGACUUCCAAGUGGAACUAACUAUGCAACUGGAAGGCAACGAGUGUGGAAGCAAAAGUCUGGGUAACGGAACCUUUGUCAAUGACGUCGUCGUUCAGAUGCAUCCGAUCGUUCUACGCGACAGUGAUCGGCGCAUCCGAAUUGCCUGCGACUACCCGGCAUCCAAAGUAACUCUCAUCCAGGACCUGACCGUUGAGGGUGUACCACCCCGUUUCAUGGACCCAAACCACUCCAACGUCACCCAGACCGUCUCGGGGGUAGCGGCGCUGCCAAAAGUCCGCCUUCAGAUCCGCAACGGUUCGGGAAAGGAGGUGCAGGGCGCCCAGUUGGGGGAUCCGCUGAUUCUGUCAAUUGACAUGCUCGACGAGGCCAGUGCUUUUGGGAUAUCAGCCAGCGAUCUGGUGGCAAUGAGCGGAGCGGGUGAUGAGACGCUGCAGCUGGUCGACGGAAGAGGAUGUCCCGUAGAGCCAAGCAUCUUUCCCGCAAUGGCCAAAAUUAAAGAUGACCACUCAUUAACCUCUCGAUUCGCCGCUUUCAAAUUCGCAUCUGAUUCCAUCGUAAAGUUCCGCGUUACCGUGUCUUUCUGCUUGGACAAGUGUCCAUUGCCUGACUGUUCCGGCGCUGCUAGUCUUCUUCGUAAACGUCGAUCGGCGCCCAAUAACGCCACUUCCGUGGAAGAUCGCGAACUGACCAUGGAGUUGGCUAUUCUAGUGGAUACCGAGAAUAACAGGGCACCCACUAUUGGCAAAGACGGCGUUGUUAAUGAAGCCCAGUUACCACCAAGCCGGUCGCUAGUGUGCACCAAGACCGCCCUUGUAUGGGCGUUAGGGAUAACAGCCGCCAUAAUCCAAGUGGCCACACUGUCCUGCUGUUUAGCCUUUAUUGCCAUGUACCGGCGUCUUAAGCGGCAGAAAGGCAACUACUUCGAGCCGCCCUCCACCGCCAGCCAGACCAUGGCAUGGAGCGGUUCCUCCCAGUCAUCCAGCUCCUCAACGGUCAACAAUCCCGAUGUAUAUCGUUUGUAUAAAUAGAUCUGUUUUCUCUUGUUUUUCUGACGUUUUGGUUUUGUUGUUGAAGUAUACUCGUUAAAUAGUGUGUACCAGUUAAUGCAAUGAUUAUUAUUGUCGUUCUUGUUUUGUUCCCAUGUUGCACUUGAUCAUUUUACAUUGCUUGCGAUAAGUUCCACUUCCUCGAUAAUUGUGUGAUAUUAAUUAACGGACACCGGCAUUAAAUGGCAU